CGUUGUGAGGAGCAGGGUUGUAACCUGGCAGUCGUCUCCUAUUCCUUGCCACACGUCUAUUCUUCUGCUGCUGUGUGUGUUCCCAUUUGCCAUGGCCUCUCUAACUCGUCUGCUUGAAUGGAUCUUUUUCCUGUACUUCUUCUCCCACAUCCCCAUCACACUACUGGUAGAUCUGCAAGCUAUCCUGCCAGCCAGACUCUACCCACAGGAGUUGCUUGAUUUGAUGAAAUGGUACGUUGUCAACUUCAAAGACCAUCUCAUGAUGAACCCACCUGCUUGGUUCAUGAGCUUUGUGUACAGUGAAGCGAUCCUGCAACUUCCUUUCUUCCCAGUGGCUUCAUAUGCAUUUUUUAAAGGUGGCUGUAAAUGGAUCAGGAUUCCUGCCAUAGUUUAUUCAGCGCACGUAGCGACCACAGUCAUUGCAAUUAUUGCACAUGUUCUCUUCGGGGACUUUCCCAAAUCAGACCAAUUAGAGCCCCUUACCCAGAAGGACCGGCUCACUUUGGUGUCUGUAUAUGCUCCAUACCUUGUCAUCCCUUUGCUUCUCCUUGUUACCAUGCUGUUCAGCCCACGAUACCGACAAGAGGAAAAACGCAAAAGGAGAUAAAAGGCUUAAUGAUAGUUAUAAAAAUAUAGUAUAAAAUAGCAGAGCCAGAUCCCAUUUCUCUGAGAAUGGCAAGAAACGCAUAAAUCACAAAAGCCUUAGAUUCAACAUGGGAGCUAAUUUUAAUUACAUUUCAUGAAAUUGAGCUAUCAAAUACUGUGAAAAGAGGAAAUUCAUCUGAACCAUUGUGAAUAUUAAAAAUAUAUACACAUACAUAUAUAUACACACACACACACUAUUAACUGUUUAUGUUGGCGUGAGACACAAAGUUAAUAAUGUAAUCCUUAUUGAUUUUGCUCUUAUUUAAUAUUCUAAGUUUAGUACAUAGUACUGGUGAUACCGAUUUAUUGGGGACACUAAAAAACAGGUUAUGAAAUAGACAGACUAUGUAUAGGUUUUGUUAAAUACAACAGCACUCAUUCAUUUUACAUUUUAAAAGAAAAAAAAAAGUAAGAAAUACCAGAAAGUUUUGUGAAAAUGUAGGGAGUGAUUUUGAUGACGCAUUGCAUGAAUGGGACCCAAAAGAUAAAUGUUUUGGUUUUAAUUAGCCGUAAAAAUAAUCACCACUUAACUGACUACAUUUCCAUAGUAACCAACAAACCUGUGGUCAACAUUUUUUUUUUCCCAAAGCUACCUUAUAGUUUUAUAAAGAUUUUUACAUUUCUAGACAUAUAGUUUGGCCAUUUUUAUACCUCAUGUCACAGUUUUUCUGUUAAAUGUAUUCAUCAUUUUAUCUUUUGAUUGUCUAACAGAAUAAAUAUUUUUCAGAUA